CGCUCAUUUUUCCGGGAGCGUGUGAAGCCGCGGACAGCGGAGGAGGCAGCGGCGUGAGACCUGGCGGACCUGCUUCGCUGACCGGCCAUUUCAAGUUACGACGGUCAGUGGAGACGCGAAGAGACCAAAAGCCAUGUGAAAGAUAGAAGUUAUUUUAUGCUGUCAUGUGCGUCGGCUUUAAUUACGAUUGCCCGAAACUGGAGGACUGCACGAAAGUCAGAAGCGUGCUUGGAACAAGUCCAUACUUAGCUUUUCUGAUCGUUGGAAACUGACCCAAGGCUGCUUUCCUAUAAGAAAAAACUGCCGAGACAUCUUCUUCAGGUGUGGACCGUGUGAGGAGCGCUCCAUUAAAUGUGACUGAUCAGUCUCUUGGACAUUCCCCAAUCCCCCACGCCCCUUCGCAAGAUGCUGGAGAACAAGACGUGCGAGAACAUUACGGAGAUCAACCCAGAGGGGACCCCGGUGGUGAGCACGCUGAUGUUCGUGGGGGGCGUGGUGGGCAACCUGCUGGCCCUGGGAAUCCUGUGCUGGCACCAGCACAAACACCGUGCCAAGACCUCGGUCUUCUGGAUCCUGGUGACGGGGCUGGCCGUCACUGAUCUGCUGGGGACCUGCUUCCUCAGUCCAUUGGUGUUCGCUUGCUACAAGCAGCAGACCUCCCUUCUCGGCCUGACGGGCAACCCCGGACUCUGCCACUUCUUCGGCUUCGUCAUGACCUUCUUCAUCCUGGCCUCCAUGCUCAUCCUCUGUGCCAUGGCUGUUGAGCGCUGCCUGGCCAUCAGCCACCCCUAUUUCUACUCGAAGCGCGUCCAUCGGAGCUUUGCCAAGGUGGUCCUGCCGCUCAUCUACCUCUUCACCUUCGCCUUCUGCUCGUUGCCCUUCCUAGGCUACGGCCAAUAUAAACAGUUCUGCCCCGGCACGUGGUGCUUCAUCAAGAUGGAGGCCGGUACCAACGGGGAGGACGAGGGCUACGUCUUGGCCUUCUCGCUGUCCUACGCCUCCCUCAUGGCGCUCUUGAUCGUCGUGGUCUUCGUCUGCAACGGCUCGGUCAUCAUGAGCCUCUGCCGCAUGCACAGGAACCAGAUGUCACGCCGAGGCUCCGUGGUGUCCACGGGACGCAAGAAGAAGAUGACGGACUGGUACAGAGAAGGCGAGGAGGAAGUGGACCACCUGGUACUCCUGGCCUCCAUGACUGUCAUCUUCGUCAUCUGUUCUCUGCCCCUUACCAUCAGCGGCUUCAUCAGCGCCGUGUCUCCGGGCGGCAACGACCAGCAGAACCUGACGGCGUUCCGCUUCUCUGCCUUCAACCCCAUCGUGGACCCCUGGGUCUUCAUCAUCUGCCGCAAGGCUGUGUUCCGACAACUGCGCUCACUGCUGCGCUGCCGAGUCCCACGGGGGGCGCUCAAGAGCACUGCCCACAACACCCUCAACAGCCCCGCACAGGUCAGGCCACUGCAGCCUUCUGGCAUGCUCCCACUGCAGGCCUUUCCCAGCGUGCCCAUGUGAACUCAGACUGACUGAUUGGACCCAGACCAGGAAGGGACAGUGACCACGGGCGGCUGUGGAUCAGCAAAAUAAAACGGAGGCAGACCGCCCAAGAUUCGGAGGAAAGCCAGCAUGGAGACUGCCUGUCAGUCCUCAGGGAUGUCAGAUGUCGUGGAGCUGAAAGCCUAGAUUUCAAGACGUGAGGGAUCGCGGACCAUCCCGCUGAAGAUAUGGGACCGAGAAAGGAGGCUGGAGUGGGAUCAGACAUGAGAAAGCUAGCUGAGCAAUGGGCCGACCAAUCGCAAAUAAAAACAAGUCAGAAUCCCAUAUCCUGGGAUAGUGUGUUGCAUCUUUAUUGGCUGAGGAGAAGUGAUACACUGCAUCUUUAUUGGUUGAGGAGAAGUAAUACACUGCAUCUUUAUUGGCUGAGGAGAAGUGGUACACUGCAUCUUUAUUGGCUGAGGAGAAAUGGUGCACUGCAUCUUUAUUGGCUGAGGAGAAGUGGUACACUGCAUCUUUAUUGGCUGAGGAGAAGUGACUCACCUGGCUUGCAAUGUUACCCUUUUACAGUUUUUAGCCAUAAGGGGGCAGUCACAGAAGCAGUAUGGAACUGCACAAGGACCAAAUGUGAGCCCACUGGGCAGAGGGGUGCCUGUUGUUUCCAGACAUCCCUAAAGCACUGUCUGGAUGUCACUAGCAGAGAAAAACACAAUUGCAAAAUACUGUAACAGCCUUGCUUACAGUGUCCUCUGGAAGCAGGGAAUGGAACAUCAGGCACAUCAGGUGGCUCCCUCACCGUCUGUGCCGUCUGUGUCUAAUGACACCUGGACAGAGCUUCGCAAGUUUGGUGAGCUGUAUUUUUCGGAGAUGGCCUGAGAUGAGCAGGCAGUGUAUUGAAUGUCAUGCAGUUUUACUGAGAACCCAAGUUGUGUCUGAGACGCGCCCCUUUCUGUAGCCGACCUGGAAUUAUAACAUAAGAAAGAUUUGUUGUGUUAGUGCGGCUGUAUUUUUUAACGAUAGGACCCUGAAAUUCUCACUUUAUGACCUAUAAAGUAACCUUUAUUAACAGUUUGCACACUAUUUGGGUUCCUCCAGUUUAAAAGACAGGCCGAGCAACCAAAACAAUAAUCAAUUGCCACAGAAAAUGCAGAUUGAGCCAUUUUCUGAAUUCCUGUUGGGUUCUCGAGGAUUGUACUCCCUUAAUCAUUCCUAGCUGCCUAUUGUCGUAACAUCACCAGGCAACGUUUAGAUGUGGCUAUGAAGGGGAGACAUGGGCACAGCCUGAGGAAGUCUUUACCUCUGCUCAGUCCCAUAACCCUUGGCAUUCCAGACACUCUCAACAGGCCUGGUCCGCCCUUAGAGGUAACAUAGGCAGCUGCCUAGGGCGCCAUCUUCUGAGGGGGCGCUGAAGUGAAGCUUGUCUCUGGCACUGUGUGAGCUGCCUCCCGCCGCUGUUCCUCAGUUAACUCAACCGCGCUACCUGUACGUCAACAAGGGAUUGUUCAUCAUCAGCGUCUGAAACAGGAUACUUCAGAAAACCUCCAAACGUUAUAUUUCAUAGCAUUAUGCCAGUCUUCUGGUUGAUCUAGAUUUUUAAAUAGUAGUAUGAGUGGAAAGCCCUGUUUAGUACUAAGCAUCUACAUAAUGAUUUUCCAGUGAAUUUCCUAACUCAGUAUCUGAAUGACAAGCCUCCUGUUUAAGGUAAAAGCUUUAAUGUCACACGAAUAGAACUUAAAGACUUUGUGAGAGACAGAUGCCUGGUGAACAUAAAUAAUGCAUGGUGACUUUCAGCAGAGAGAGAAUAAUUGAGUUUGGAGAAUAAUUAGAGAAUUGUUUAGUUUAGCUGAUGACAAAACGUGUUGUUAAAGAUGUUAGAAGAUCAUUUGUGUUACCCUGGAUAAUACAUUCCUCCAGUCUGUAACUUCAUGGUUGCUCUGUUUCUUCAACAAUGUAAACAUUUCAUUCCCUACAAAUCAAAGUGUCACAUCUCUCAUUCUGUAUUUUACAUGGCAGAAGAUACGCACCUGAAAUCAAUUGACGGAGUUGUCAGUGUCUGUUUUGUUGUUAUUGCAGAAUGGAGUGUGAAGGUCGUAUAACACUGCGGUUGACCAGCACAAGUCUGUCUGUAUUCUGAUACAUUUCACGUACCAUGAUUCUGUGUUCUGCUCAAUUUUUAUGGACAAAAAACAUGAAUUGGAAUCCUUCCUUUCAAAUGCAUCAGUAUGAAGUCCAUAUCUCGUGGAGGAUUUUGCCUUUUCCUGCCCUUCCUAGCUCUUCUGUGAUGAAGGUGGCCUGUGUGACCAUCGGCUCUGUGUGGGGGAGGAUGCUUUGAACCACGGCGGAAACAUGAACCUACCCUUCGCACGACUGACUAAUGCAUCAGAGAGAGAGAGAACGGCGUUCCCUUACAAGUUGCCAUUCGUUAACCUCCUGAAAUGUGAUCAUUUGCUUACAAGCUCUCACUGUCUUCCUAGGGUGGUUUGGUGGGUGGCAUGGAGUCUCAGAGCUUAUGCAGGCUUCCAUGGGUGCUCCAGUUUCCUCCUGCUGUUAAUCGUCGUUUUUUAAACUGCCCGUAAUGUGAGAUGAAGUGUGUUCUCUGAGAGGCUCCGAACUCAAUGUAACCCUGUGUUGGGUAAGUAGUUUUGGAAGCUAAAUGCAUCCUGUUUCAGGCAUGCUCACAGGUAUAGUGCUUCAGUGUCGGGCAAAUUAGGGUAGAGUUUGAGUCUCUCCGUCUGAGUUUCCUCCCUGACACUAUAGGGUACCUGUGUCUGAUCAGAAGCCACAACAUUGCUCGUGCAUGGAUGCCUCUGUGUGUAUAUUUCUUGUCAUGCCCAGCCAUUGUAACCUCCUCAUGGGCUCGUGUCUGUGACAGUGAUUACAGGUGAUCGCUAUCUCAACUAAUGCUUCAUAUAGGAUUGUGAAUAAUAAUGGAUUUCCACAGUAUUGGCAUGAACUGUAUCGAAUGUGUAUACAGGUGUAAAAUGUUAAUAAAUACUGUGAAACGUA